AUGGCCUCGCAGCUCGCCCGGGGCUUCCUGGCCGAGCAGGACCUCGAGCGCUUCGUGCGCGAGGAGCACGGCGGCAACCGCGCGGCGGCGGCGCGCGCCAAGGCGGCCAGCGGCGAGGCCUGCAUGCGCAACGCGCCCAAGGCGGCCCUGAAGUACUUCCGGGACGCCCUGGACCUGGCGACGACGGAGGCCGCGCGCGCCGCCGUCCACCGGUCGUGCGCCGCGGCGUGCCGGGACAUCGGCCACUUUAAUCGAUGCGUCGGCCACGCGACGCGCGCACUCGUCACGGACCAUGAUGACAAGGUUGCGUUAAAACACCGCCUCGCCGCGCACGAGGCCCUCGGCGCGUGGCGGCGCAUGAACGCGGACGCCUUACGAAUAGGCGACGAGGAUGCAGCCGCGCGCGCGGCGGCGAAGGGCGGCGAUCAGCCCGUGGAGCUCCACGCGCCGUCCGAAAGCCACAAGACCGUCCAGGCGGCGCUCGACGAGGCCUACGCGUACGCGCCGGGCGGCGCCACCGUCUUCGUGAGGCGGGGCCGCGUCGACGAGGAGGCGCUCGUGGUCCGAGGAGCGUACUUUGGAACUGCGCCUCUCUUAAUCUGCGGCGAGCUCGUCGCGGCGGCGCCGCGCGAGACCUUCUUUACGAAGGAAGUGGUGGUGAAGGGGCCGUGCCGCCUGCGGCACCUCGCGUUCUGCGCGGGCGCGCGCGCGACGGCGGACCUGGGACUGGAGGACUGCGUCGUCGCCUGUCCGGGCGGCGUCGGCGUCGACGCGUCUGCGGCGCUAUCCCUCAACCGCUGUCUCGUCGAGCACUGCGCGGACGGCGUCGUCGCGCGCGGGGCGCUGGACGUGCGGGGAACGACGGUGCGCCACUGCGCGAAUGUCGGCCUCGACGCGUCGGAGUCGGACGGCCCGGCGCGCGUCGAGGAAUUAACCGUGGCGGCCUGCGGGGUCGCGGUCCGCGGCGCGGUGGAGUUCGCGGGCUCCGAGAACGACGUCGAGGGGUGGUAAUCUGUGU